AUGCUGGCCAGCUUCUUUGGACAAACCUUCGUAUUUCGCCUCAGAGCCGAUGUAUGUACUCCACACAGUCACUACACAGUGCCUCGCCUACGCGAGGACACAGCCACCACACAGUGUCUCGCCUGCGCGAGGACACAGCCACCACACAGUGUCUCGCUUCAGGGAGGACACAGCCACCACACAGUGUCUCGCCUCAGCGAGGACACAGCCACCACACAGUGUCUCGCUAAUGCGAGGACACAGCCACCACACAGUGUCUCGCCUCAGCGAGAACACAGCCACCACACAGUGUCUCACCUCAGCGAGGACACAGCCACCACACAGUGUCUCGCCAUGUCUCGACUCAGCGAGGACACAGCCACCACACAGUGUCUCGCCUCAGCGAGGACACAGCCACUACACAGUGUCUCACCUCAGCAAGGACACAGCCACCACACAGUGUCUCGCCUCAGCGAGGACACAGCCACCAAACAGUGUCUCGCACCGCGAGGACACAGCCACCACACAGUGUCUCGCCUCAGCGAGGACACAGCCACCACACAAUGUCUCGCCUCAGCGAGGACACAGCCACUACACAGUGUCUCGACUCAGCGAGGAUACAGCCACUACACAGUGUCUCGCCAGUGGGAGGACACAGCCACUACACAGUGUCUCGCACCGCGAGGACACAGCCACCACACAGUGUCUCGCCUCAGCGAGGACACAGCCACCACACAGUGUCUCACCUCAGCGAAGACACAGCCACUACACAGUGUCUCGCCACCGCGAGGACACAGCCACCACACAGUGUCUCGACUCAGCGAGGAUACAGCCACUACACAGUGUCUCGCCAUUGGGAGGACACAGCCACUACACAGUGUCUCGCCACCGCGAGGACACAGCCACCACACAGCGUAUCGCCUCAGCGAGGACACAGCCACCACACAGUGUCUCACCUUAGCGAGGACACAGCCACCACACAGUGUCUCGCCUCAGCGAGGACACAGCCACUACACACUGCCUCGCUCAGCGAGGACACAGUCACCACACAGCGCAAGAUGUGUCUCCGCUGGUCGAGAUGUGGCAACAGUCUCCGUCACAGCUACUACUCACAACCAGCGAGCGGGCAACCACUUGCUCUGUCGUCCUCCCAGCACCGCGCCUUGCUCACUCACAGUCCCGCCGCUCCGCUCUCGUCCUCGCAGGGAUCCACAAUCCGUCCGCGGCGGCCGACCCUUCACGUUUUGA